AAGUUAAAUUGCCAUGACAACCCUACUAGUCAAAUUAAUAUAAAGUGAAUUAGAAAUAAAAUCGUAGCUUAUUUCAGCGAGUAGUUUUGCAACUGUACAAGCAACCUCUUAAUGAGCGCUAAACUUAUUUGAAAUUACAGUCUUAUCAAAUCACAGCACAACGCCACCUGUAUCCAACUUCCGACCAGCGUGGGUUGAACGCGUUGCGCAAAAAGAGAAACAAGGACAGCAAAACGCCUUGUUUCCCAGGAGACAACACUUUAGGUAAAACUUCGUUUCUCACACCGACUACGAACUGAUUUAAACGUUUAAAUAUGCGCUCCCUUCCGCAGCUGAGUCCUCUUUCCAACCCUCCGGAGCCCGCCCGGAAUUGAGGUGGGCGGUUACAAAAGCAGCAGGCGUGAUAUAAUCUCUCAGCCCCUCUCAUUCACCCCCGGCAGCUGUCGAAAGCGGGUUUAGGAAAGAGAACAUGGCUUCGCGGAGCGGACAAGAUAAAUAACACCCGAGUAUUGAACGCAACAGGUACCAGGCUAUGUUAUUUUUUUAUGUUUUGCUAUUUCAGCUCCUUAUAAAUUUGUCUGCAUUUCCUCACUGUUCAAUACCAAUCAAGAAAUCAAAGGGUGAAAUAGAAGAAGUAUUCAUCCUUGCAGAGAAAGCUAAUUUAUUCAUUGGACGACAUCUUCUAUACAACCGAUUUGACUUUGAACUAAUAACCCAAGGAGAUCUUGAAAGAGAAUGCUAUGAAGAACAAUGCAAUUUUGAGGAAGCAAGGGAAAUUUUUGGAGAUUCAAAAAAGACAAUGUCUUUUUGGUCUGAAUAUACUCUUAGAGGUCCUGGCUCAAAAACAGAUGGCAAAGCAGCAGAGAAGAUUGAUGUUAUAGGACUUUUGACUGGAUUGAUUGCUGUUGGAGUACUAUUGAUUAUACUCGGUUUGCUUAUUUAUUAUCUGUGCCAAAGAAAAUGCAAACCAAGAUUACCAGGGCACAGAAGCUGCAGGAGGCAUAAUUCUUCCAUUGUCUUUCAAAGACAAGAAGAGUUUUCUUUAAAUCCUGUCCCACCUCGCACUAUAGGACAGAUAGGAUUGCCAACUUAUGAUCAAGCAAUGGCAUUAAGAGAAAAUUAUGAUUCUCCACCACCUCCAUAUCCUGGACGUUCAGGAAAGCUCAAAGUAUUCAAAAAGUCUCUCUCUCUUCCGGGUCCUUAAUGAACAAAGUCUAUGAAACUGUUGAGAAUUAAUCUUAAUAAAAGAUGUGCAGCUAAAAUGCUAUAGUAUAGCACUCUAAGACAGUGAAAAGAAUCUCUGAAGAUGCCUGCUAUGAUGGACUAAAGGGUAACGGGUAAAUAAGGAACACAUUUCUCCAAUGUUCUAAUAAUUCUGAAAGAGUUAUAUUUGCAUUUAUGUGUGAACUUGGCUUCUAUGCAUUUUGAGCCAUUGAGUAAACUGAUGUACAGUUUUUCUUUUUUCUUGUAACUGAAUUUUAUUUUCAAUUCUGAAAAUUACACUAGUUUGCUAACAUUUUUUUUUGAAUUUUCUCCCAUGAUAAAAAUGUGUUUGUGUCAGUGUUUAAUUCCUAGUGACUACCUGAUCUAGUCCCUACAGUUUUGUUGGCAAUAAUGUUGGGCAGAAAUACUUUGCCAUUGCUGCCUUUCUACGACUUGGAGAAAGUGACUGGCCCCAUUUCACCUUUAUGCCUAGGGCAGGAUUAGAACUUAGGUUUCCUGGUUUGUAGCUUGAUGCCUUAAUCACUACACCAAACUGGCUCUCCUAUGAUAAAAAUGCCAACACAUUAUAAUUUCAAUUAUCUAAUUGAAUAUUUUAUGUUUCUUAUACUAGGAAGAAUAUAUUCAUGUGGGUGUUAUCAAUAAGUUUUUAUAAAUAAGAUAACUUUGUACCUAGUUUCAUUUUCUUUGUUAAUGCCAAUUAAAUAAUGAAUCUGAAAGAAAA